UUGAUAAAUGGUCUAGAAGAGAGACAUUCCUUCUGUUGUCAUUAGCCAGUUUUCGGAAUCUGGUCUGCAGUUUGUUUAAUAUUUGAUAAAGUGAGAAAAUGGUUUCGUUAUCAAUAAAUUCACUGAGGCAGGUGAUGCGGGCCAUGCUGGAGUCUCCUGGAUUUGACCGUGUGUUAAGUAAGGUCGAGUUGGUUUCAGCCAGUCCAGGGAAAAUAGUGUGUGAGAUGAAAGUGGAAGAGGAGCACACUAACCGAGGAGGGACCCUACACGGCGGACUGACCGCCACUCUGGUCGAUGUGAUUUCUACUACUGCAUUCCUGUACACGGAGAGAGGAGCACCUGGAGUCAGCGUCGACAUGAACAUCACGUAUAUGAAUGCAGCCAAGGUUGGAGAAGACAUCUUGAUAACUGCGCAGGUUUUAAAGCAAGGACGAACUUUGGGAUUCGCGACUGUUGAUUUAAAAAACAAAGCUAACGGGAAACUGAUCGCUCAGGGAAGACACACAAAGCACCUCGGCAGCUGAUUUUUAACAUGAUGUCUGAGAAAUAUGGAACAAAUAAACAUUUGUACAUAAUAAAACACCACAAGAGAUUUUCAAAGCUUGCACUGUAUUGGGAUAUCUUCAGCAGUGUAGCAUUAAAUCAGUACAAACAAAAUGAAUAAAUCAUGAACACAGCGA